AAUGGAACAAACUCCUAAAAAGUUCAGCAUCCGGUCUUACAAAGCUUUGUGUGAUAGUAUUAUCAAGAAGAAAAAAGCAGCACAAGAGGGUAGUGUGAGGAGGAUGAUUGGAGCCUCACCGGAUUUCCAAAAUCAAAUGAUGAACACUAUUCGCAAGUUAAAGCAAGAGAAAAACCAGAGAAGAGCUUUUAGUCCCCAAGUCCAGAGAAAAAUCGGGGAAGCAAAUCAUUUACAAUCCCAAGCAAUAACUUUUGUACCUGUAACUAGAAGUAACCCUUCAGGGAAAAAGUUGCUAAAGGAGAGAAAAUUGAAAAGAAUGAAGCAGAAAUAUAAUAUGCUUCCAGAUCAAUAUGAAUCGAUGGUCUCCAAAGUUCGAGCGAAAAUUAUGAAGUCUAACCAUAAUACUCGUAGAUUCUUAUCUCCUAUCCUGCUGAGAAAUAAGGCUAAUUUGAUAUCAAAAUUCAAAGUUUUUGAAGCUGCUCCAUUAAAUUUUACGAUAGGAGGAAAUUAUCAGAAAAAAGAGGUUCAUGAUGCUAAACUUCCAAUUUUAAAGAGCCAUGACUCUUCAGAGAUCUCCUGAUUUGCUCUUUAG